AACUUUCUUUUCAUCAGCAGUAUAAUCCAGCAAGUAUCAAGAACUGGUUGUAAUAGAAAAUGACAGGAUUCUACAGGUACAUGUUACUUUUACUGGGGUUUUUCUCAAUGACAAAGAAAUCUGAUGGAGUGGAGGUGAAUGCAGCACGUUCAGGCACAACCAGCCAGUCGUCGACAGAUUUCAACUGGUAUUCCCAGUAUGCUACUGAUGGUGUAAGCACAAGCUGUACCCAUACACUUAUACAGGCCAACCCAUGGUGGAGAGUGGAUCUGCUGAAGACGCUCAGUGUAGACAGAUUGGUCGUCACUAACAGACCAGACUGCUGUGCAGAGAGGAUAAAUGGGGCAGAGAUUCGAGUUGGACACAUUGCUGACAUUUACAGCAACCCCGUAUGUUGUGUAAUUCCCAGUAUUCCCGCUGGCGCAUCAUACACCUGCUCAUGUAAUGGGAGGGAGGGACGUUAUGUGUAUGUGGUUCUUCCUUCAGCUUCAGGGGUAUUAACUGUCUGUGAGGUGGAAGUCUAUGGGGUUUUGCCAGAAAAUUUGGCACUGGGAAAGAAUGCAACACAGUCAUCAACAUGGUACACCUGGUAUGCUGGACAUGCCAUUGAUGGUAAUCGAGGUCUCUCGCAGCCAUCGACAUGGUGCUCCUCUACCCAUUAUCAGAAUAACCCAUGGUGGAGGGUGGAUCUGCAUAAUGUGUACAAAGUAAGCAGAGUGGUCGUCACUAACAGAGCAGACUGCUGUCUGGAUCAAGUAAAUGGAGUUAAAAUUCUCAUCGGAAACUCUUUGGAGGACAACGGCAACAACAACUCCAUGUGUGCUGUGAUUCCUAGUAUUGCAGCUGGUGGGUCCGCCACCUUUGUUUGUAACUAUAUGGAGGGUCGUUAUGUGAAUCUGAUCAGUCCUAGAAAUUCAACGGCUCUACCUCUGUGCGAGGUGGAAGUCUACGGAAUAGGCCCCUGGUUAAAGUAUUCAUUUAUGAGGAUAGAAUUUAAAUCCAGUGCAAGUCUGACUGACUCUACAUUGAGAGUCGACCUCCUUACACAGCUGCAAUCCGCUCUGGCUACAAGAGGCAUAUCUGAAGUGAUGUUGCGUUGGUCUCAGAUGCCCAAACAGGACAAGAAACAGAAACAAGAUGUAAAACGUAAAUGUUCUUAAAGAAACUGACCGGAAAACCAAAAAUACACUUUGGGACAGCUUCAGUGUUGACUUUUAUUUACAUUGCUUGAACAUUCUCCAUUCCUAAAUAUUGAUUACAAUGCAGGGAACUCUUUACUUUAAUCCAUUAGUUAAUUUAGCUCUGUUGCUUUCAUUAGGUUCUCCUUUUUCAGCCAUUUGCUUCUGUCAAUGUGACAGGGUGACAUUGUUAAUCAGAAUUUUUUUAUAUUAAAAAUGUAAAUGUUAUUUUAGCAUUACUUGUCGCAAAGCUUAAUUUUUUUUUAUAUCUUACUAAAUACAAAGGUCAACUUCAGGUUAUUUAUUUAUUUAUUUUUGUUUAUUUAAUAUCACAUGGCCAUUGAGAAUCAUGUCACUACAUGGCCUGUGAGAUGAUUAGAGGAAAAGAUUAAAAGAUUUAAAAUGAAAAGAAAAAUGCUACAAGACCUUUGAAACAGUUUAAUGUGUUAGUAUGAUACCAGAGUUCCCGUGGGUCCUUAAAAAGUCUUAAAAUGUCUUAAAUUCAGUUUUCUAAAUAUCUUAAAUGGUAUAACAAAAGUCUUAUUUAUCAUUUAAAAAGGUCUUAAAUUUGGGGAUGGAAAGACAGGAAUCAUGAUCUGGCAUAAUGCGAUUAUUAUUAAACUUCAAAACUCUACGAUUUAAUGAAAUAAAUGUGUGUGCUACAUGCUUCAAAGUUUAGACACUAUUGCACAUUCUUCAAGCACAGGAAGAGCUCAUGAUGCUGUGGCCCUAUCCCAAUACUCCCACUUGUGGUUUUGGACUUGCCUACUUACCCACUUGUCUUACAUAUUUCCGGUGUUUGGCCACAGUGUGCAAGUAGACGUGAAGACUGCGAGUGUGUGUAUGAGUUUUGAUUGCACAUUGGGGCACUCUUAGACUUAAGGACGUUGGUCCCUGUUGCGAAAGCUCUUUUUGUAGUUGCACUCAGAAAACUGAUUGUUGCUGGCAGUGGUGAAUGUUAUAGCCUAUUUAAAAUAAUAAUUAACUGAAUAGUUUUCCCAUCCUUUUAUUUUUCAUUACAAUACUGGUUGUUGGAAGUGCUAUGUUGUUAAAAAUAUUUUUUUAUUGUACAAUUAAUUGUAAAAGUAAAUUAUUUUUUAAAUAUGUUUAACUGUAAGAUUUUUCGCCCAUAAUUGCUGUAAAAUAUUAAAGCCAUUUCUUUCUGCUUUCUUAAUAUAAUGCAUAAAACUAUAUAAAACUUUAUUCUAUAACCCUGUGUGAUCCAUUAAAGGAAUAGUUCACCCAAAAAUGAAAAUUUGCUGAUAAUUUACUCACCCUCAAGCCAUCCAUGAGUUUCUUUCUUCAUCAAAACAGAAUUUAAGAUUUUUAGGAUUUCAUUUCAGACCUCCUCCUUUAAACAAUGCAAUGAAUGUACUUUAUUUUUUUGA